AUGGAACGCAAUAGUUACCCCACCAAGGAUACGAGAUUUAGGCAGAGUGACAAUGAAAUUUCCCCUUUGCACGAAGCGAGCUACGACAAUAAUAGUGAAGCAAUACCACACCAACUACACUCAGUUUCUACUCCCGUACCACCAAAUAGCAUCAUUUCAUCAACAGGGCUGGAGCAAAGCUCGGAGAAUGAGCAAGGGCUUAUGCACAUGUUUCUGACAACUCCAAUAAGUGAGGACGCACCAAAGAAGGCUUUGUUCAUGGAGCCCCAGUCAAUAGAAUCUUUGCUCCAAGGAGACCCUAUGGCUAUUCUCCAAACCCACCUUGACAUUGCUGGAGUUUCUGAUCGUGGUCCAAUCUUCCAUGACCCUGCCUUGCAUGUUCCCAAGGUUUUGUCCCUAUCAUUUUCAACCUUUUAUCAUUGUACUUAA